CAAUGAACUUGCAAAACCCUACAAGAAAAAAAGCCUUACUUCUUCUCCACUUCUCGACUUUGGCAUCAAAGUAGGCAACUCAACCAGCAGCAGCAUCGCCGGCAGCCAUGGUGAAGUAUUCGAAAGAACCCGAUAAUCCUACCAAAUCUUGCAAAGCCAGGGGCUCGGCUCUCAGAGUUCAUUUCAAGAAUACAAGAGAGACAGCACAUGCUCUUAGGAAGAUGCCUUUAGACAAGGCCAAGAGGUAUUUGGAGGAUGUUCUUGCCCACAAACAAGCUAUUCCCUUCACACGCUUCUGUCGUGGUGUUGGCCGCACUGCGCAGGCAAAGGAUCGUCAUUCAAAUGGACAAGGACGUUGGCCCGUUAAAUCCACAAAGUUCAUUCUGGAUUUACUCAAGAAUGCUGAGAGUAACGCUGAAGUUAAAGGCCUAGAUGUGGAUUCGCUUUUCAUAUCUCACAUCCAAGUGAACCAAGCGCAGAAGCAGAGGCGUCGUACGUACCGUGCUCAUGGAAGAAUCAAUCCCUACAUGUCUCAUCCAUGCCAUAUUGAGUUGACAUUGUCUGAAAAGGAAGAAUCUGUCAAGAAGGAGCCUGAGACUCAAUUGGCUCCUAGAAAGACAAAGGGAUCUUCUUAAUCCGAUGAUUGAAUUAGCGUGUUUCAGACAGUGGGGAAGCUUUUUCCUAUAUCUUGAGAUAGUCAUAGUUCCAUGGAAGAAUUUUGUGAUAUUUGAACCGUGUUUACAGAGGAAACUUAUAGCACUAUUUUUGCGUGAUCUUAAUAUUUCAGAACUUAAUCUGGUAUCUCUAUCUUAUUCUUGCGGGCAAACUUUUAUUGGGUUGA